GUGGACGAACAAGGUGUGAAGGUUUUUGGUUAUGGUGGAUGAAUAAAGAAGGUGGAGGAGGAAGGAGGAGUGAAGGUGUUUGGCUAUGGUGGAUGAGCGAAGGAGGUGGAAGAAGAAGGAGUGAAGAUGGUUGGCUCUGGUGGAUGGAUGAAGGAGGUGGAGGAAGAAGGUGUGAGUGUGCUUGGUUAUGGCAGACGGGUGAAGGAGGCGGUGGAGAAAGAAGGUAUGAAGGUGCUUGGCUAUGGUGGACGAGUGAAGGAGGUGGAGGAGGAAGGAGGUGUGGAUGUGCUUGGCUAUCGUGUGAAGGUUCUUGGCUAUGAUGGAUCGGUGAAGGAGGCGGUGGAGGAAGGUGUGAAGGUGUUUGGCUAUGGUGGAUGGGUGAAGGAGGUGGUGGAGGAAGAAGGUGUGAAGGUGCUUGGCUAUGGUGGGUGGGUGAAGUUGGUGGUGGAGGAAGAAGGUGUGAAGGCACUUGACUUUGGUAGAUGGGUGAAGGAGGUGGAGGAGGAAGAAGGUGUGAAGGUGCUUGGGUAUGGGGGAUGGGUGAAGAAGGUGGUGGAGGAAGAAGGUGUGAAGGUGCUUGGUUAUGGUGGAUGGGUGAAGGAGGUGGUGGAGGAAGAAGGUGUGAAGGCGGUUGGCUGUGUGAAGGAGGUGGUGGAGGAAGAAGGUGUGAAGGUGCUUGGCUAUGGUGGAUGGGUGACGGAGGUGGAGGAGGGACAAGGUGUGAAGGUGCUUUGCUAUGGUGGAUGGGUGACAGAGGUGGAGGAGGGAGAAGGUGUGGAGGUGAUUAACUAUGGUGGAUGGGUGAAGGAGGUGGUGGAGGAAGAAGGUGUGAAGGUGCUUGGCUAUGGUGGAGGAGAAGAAGGAGUGAAGGUGGUUGCCUAUGGGGGAUGGGUGAAAGAGAUGGAGGAAGGAGGGGUGAAGGUGCUCGACUAUCAUGGAUGGGUGAAGGAGGUGAAGGAGAGAGAAAGUGUGGAGGUGCUUGACUAUGGUGGAUGGGUGAAGGAAGUGGAGGAGAAAGGAGUGGAGGUGCUUGUCUAUGGUGGAUGGGUGAAGGAGGUGGUGGAGGAAGAAGGUGUGACGGUGCUUGGCUAUGGUGUACGGGUGAAAGAGGUGGUGGAGGAAGGUGUGAAGGUGCUUGACUAUGAUGAAUGGGUGACGGAGGUGGAGGAGGGAAAAGGUGUGGAGGUGCUUGGCUAUGGUGGAGAGGUGAAGGAGGUGGAAAAGAAAGAAGGAGUGGAGGUGCUUGUCUAUGGUGGAUGGGUGAAGGAGGUGGUGGAGGAAGAAGGUGUGAAGGUGCUUGGGUAUGGUGGAUGGGUGAAGGAGGUGGUGGAGAAACAAGUUGUGAAGGUGCUUGACUAUGGUAGAUGGGUGGAGGAGGUGGUGGAGGAAGAAGGUGUGAAGGUGCUUGGCUAUGGUGGAUGGGUGACGGUGGUGGAGGAGGGAGAAGGUGAAGAGGCGCUUUGCUAUGGUGGAUGGGGGAAGCAGGUGGUGAAGGAAGAAGUUGUGAAGGUGCUUGGCUAUGGUGGAUGGGUGAAGGAGGUGGAUGAGAAAGAAGGAGUGAAUGUGGUUGUCUAUUGUGGAUUGUUGAAGAAGUGGAGGAAGAAGGAGUGAAGGCGGUUAGCUAUGGGGGAUGGGCGAAAGAGAUUGAAGAGGAAGAAGGGGUGAAGGUGCUUGGCUAUGGUGGA